CGCGGGGUCGCCGUGGCAACGGGGAGACGGGGGUGGGGUGGGGGCUGGGUCGUGACGUCACGCCGCCCUGCUCCGGGGAGCAGUCGCCCCCCCUCCCCCCAAAUGCAGACCCCUUCAGAGAGAGACGGGGGGGGAAGGUCCGCCGUGCCCCUGAGCAUACGCAGAGCGCCUGCCUCCUCUCGUGCCCGGUGGGGAUGAUGGGGCCCAAGGCGGCUGACCUCGUGGAAACCGUCUUGAAGAGCUGAAAAGAGGAAGCGGACAAAUACCGAUAUCAGUCUAUAUCUAUCUAAAGAAUUGAGCAAGUACGUUGUAUUCGAAUGUUAACUCAGAUCAGUCUCAGAGCACCUUUGGAGCAAGGGCCCCGCUCCCUCUUCUGUGCCCCCCCAUCUCUUCUGUGAGGAAAGCCCUUUUCUGCGGGGGGGGGGGCCCAAAGGAGGCUCCUCUCGGGGCAGCGAAACAGAAGACGGUGGUCGUCGGUCCAAACAGCCGCCCCCGCUGCCUGUCACAGGCGUCCUCGAGCCCGGCUGAGUGGCAGCCUUCAGCGUUCGUGUUUGUCUCCUUUCCUUUCCUUUGGGGUCUUGCCUGGUAUCCCAGGAAGGAGAGUUAAUGUAAAAGAAAAAGGCGCUGGGACACAACACAGCGGCAUCGUUCUUUGGAGUCCGACGGGUCGUGCGAAGGCUCCUAGGACCCUCGAGUUGCAAGGAGGCCAUGAAAGUGUCCUUCUAGCAAGAAGGCCACCGAGUCCACUCUCCUGCUCAGCGCAGGAAGCCUCGUGGCAGGAUAUCAGAUCUGACUGAUGGCUGUCUCAGUUCCACUGGAUUGACAUCCUGACUCUCAUGGAAUUGGAAUGGGAAGCCGAGGAUUGUCGUCGCCUGGACUCCUAGAGUUUAGAGCCGGUCAGUUUCGUCCCCUUUGCAGUCGUCCCCGGAAUGUGGUUUCUCAUUCCUCACUUGCCACAUGGCUAACUGAGGCUUUGGUUGCCACCCGGCAAAUACAAGAUUCCGUAAACUAAAAGAUGGAAUUCAACUCCCUGAGGAGCAAAGUCCCGGCUUUCUUAUCGGACUUGGGGAAAGCCACCCUGCGAGGGAUCCGGAAGUGCCCGCGCUGCGGCACCUACAACGGCACCCGGGGGUUGAGCUGCAAGAACAAGACCUGCGGCACCGUCUUCCGCUACGGCGCCCGCAAGCAGGCCGGCGUGGAUGCGGUCAAGAUUGUCACAGGUUCGGACGUGCAGGUCUACUCGGUGCGGCAGAGGGAUCGGGGCCCUGACCACCGAUGCUUUGUGGAGCUGGGGGUUUCGGAGACCACCCUCCAGACGGUCGACGGGACCAUCCUUACCCAGCUCAGCUCCGGACGCUGCCACGUCCCCUCGUGUCUGAAGGCCGCCUCGCAGGGGGUGGCCGAAAACCAGUGCCAGCACAUCAAGCUGGCAGGGAACUGCCAGACGGAGGCCACGCCGCUGACCCUGAAGAGCUCGGUCCUGAACGCCAUGCAGGCCUCUCCGGAUGCCAAGCAGACCCUCUGGCAGCUGGCCACCGAGCCCACGGGGCCCCUGGUCCAAAGGGUCACCAAGAACAUUCUGGUGGUCAAAUGCAAAGCGAGCCCGAAGCACAGCCUGGGCUACCUGCACACGUCGUUCACUCACAAGGCAGGUCCCAAGAACGUGGCGGAGCGCCGCUUCUUCUGCUCCUGCCAGGCCUGGAGGCCCAGCAAGGCCGGCCCUCCCAAGGACGAGGCGGGCCAGAAAUGCAUCCACUUCUUUGCCUGCGUCUGUGCCUUCGCCAGCGACGAUGCUCUGGCCCAGGAGUUUGCAGAUUUCCUCAGCUGCGAUUCCAGCGGUCUGAAGCCUGCGAUAGGAGCACAGCUUGUCUGCCAGCCUGAAUCUGCCCCGCCCUCUGGAGAUGCUGUUGCAUCGAAAGCCAAGAGGAGGAAAAGAGAAGGCAGCUCAGGGGCACAAGGAAAUGGCCCUCUCUUGUCCCAAGAGGUGGCAAACAGCAGCCUGCGGAAGAGUGGGCAGAAAAAAAGCCCAGUGGUUUCGCUCAAAAGGCAAGCGUGCAGCCAGCUGCUGGACGAGUCCCACGUGACGUUGUCCUUCCAGGAGUGGCUGGCCAGUGUCACGGAGCGCAUCCACCAAGCCAUGCACUACCAGUUUGAUGGGAAGCCAGAACCGUUGGUGUUCCACAUUCCCCAGUCUUUCUUUGAGGCUCUUCAGCAGAGAAUUUCCAUUGGGAGCAUCAAGAAACGCCUCCCCAAUUCAACCACAGCUUUCGUCCGGAAAGAUGCCUUACCCUUGGGGACCUUUUCCAAAUACACCUGGCACAUCACCAACAUCUUGCAGGUCAAACAGAUCUUCGACACCCUGGAGAUGCCUCUGGAAGUAACACGCAGCUUUAUCCAGAACCGAGACGGCACCUAUGAACCUUUUAAGUGUCCCAAGGUGGAAGUGGAGAGCAUCCCGGAGACCUACGGGCGCCUGGAGAAGCAGCCGGUGCUUCGACCUCUGGAACUCAAAACCUUCCUGAAAGUUGGUAACAUGUCCCCGGAUCAGAAGGAACCCACACCGUUCAUCAUUGAGUGGAUCCCAGACAUCCUGCCCCAGUCCAAAAUUGGCGAGCUGCGGAUCAAGUUUGAGUACGGCCACUACGGCAAUGGUCACGCCACCGAGUACCAAGAGCAGCGCCCGACUCUUGAGCAGACGCUGGAGCUGAUGCCGCUCACGACCAUCACCUUCCCCUGAACUGCCAGCGCGUUUCUUUCACUGCAUAGUUUGCACAGACCUGCCGUCACUGCCACGGCCUCGGUUUGGGGAGAUCGCCGGGAGCCGGAGCCCAGCGUGGGUGGCUUGGUGGUAGAUGGCCCCCCGAUUUGCCGCAGCAGCAGCAGCAACAACAACGUCCGUGGCUCCCACUUCCUUCCUUUUCUCUUGCGUAUUUUAUGGCUGCUCAGUUCGACAAUAAUUCUGGUAUUUCUCCUUUCUACCCUGUGACUAUCCUGUGUCUUUUCUUUGUUGCUGACACCACGGUGCACAAAGUUGACGGGUGAACUGUAAUCCCCAGAUGGGAGUCUGACAGAAGGGCCAGGUGUUAGGUUGCUUUAAGUGAUACUAUGCCUUUACCGGCCUACUUUAUAUUAUAUUUUUAAAAUAAAUUAAAUUGAACCCGUU